AUGUCUGACUCAAAAGACUCACCUGCUCUCACAUCACCACCCUUUGAUCAUGUGAAGGCAGAUGUGAUCCUGCACUCAUCUGAUGGCAUAGACUUCCACAUCUUCAGGCUCUUCCUUUCCCUUACAUCAUUUUUCUUCAAGAUGCUCUUCAAUCUUCCCCAACCAUCUGAGGAGACUAACACUGACAUGGAGGUCAAAGAUGGACUCCCUGUUAUUCCUGUCUCAGAGGACAGCAAAAUGCCAGACUCACUCCUCUGCUGCUGUUACCCCUGUACCCUGGCAGAGGACCCUGUACUCGAGGAUCUCAGAGAGGUCAUUGAUGUUCUCAACACAGCAAAAAAAUAUUCUCUUGAUGCCAUCCAGCAGGCAGACGAAUGUGAGCUUGCUGCUAAAUACACCCUCCGUAAGCCAUUGAUUCUGGGGCGGUUUGAGGAGAUCAAGCUAAUUACUUCUUUGGAAUGCCUUUCAUUAUUGACAUACCAUCAAAAGUGUAGCAGCACCAUCCUGGCUCUUGAGGGCGACCUUUCUUGGAUCCCAAAUGAACUUAAACAAGGUCAUGGCAUCUCUGGCUGA